AUCAAUACAAAAUGGCGUUAACAAAUUCUGAAUAAAAUAUUAAACAAUUGUCAAAACGAGAACAACCGGUGUUUUAAACUUUUAAUUAACCAAUUUGUUAUUAAUAUCAAAAAAGCCUGUGAAAUCCAAAUAUAAAAAAAAAACUUUAUGCAUUAUAAAUUCUUAAGAAAAUGGCACAACGAUUUUCUGCGUCUGGUGCAAGUCCAACUCCUGUUGGAGGACCACCUCAACGGUAUGGCCCACCACAAAGUUCAGGUUUAAGACAAUAUUCUGCACCAAAUUUUCCUUUUCCACAGCGUAGCGGUUUUACUCCACCACCAAACAUGAGUGGUCCAGGCGGUGGUCCUGGAGGUCCAGUUACGGGUCCAACUGGUCCUGUUGGUAGUGGUCCAGGUGGUCCUGGAGGUCCAGGCAGUGGGCCAAUGAUGCCACGACCACCACAACAAACAUAUUCACCUAUACGUGGAGGACCAAUGUCAAAUCCAUCUACAGGUGGUGUGAAACGGGGCAAUCAAGAUAGCCGGGGACAAAUUCAACAGCAGAAAGCUGAUUUUACACAUUCCGCGAAUAAGAAAAAGAAAAAAUUAGCUGACAAAAUCCUACCACAAAAAGUACGUGAUUUAGUUCCAGAAAGCCAAGCAUAUAUGGAUUUAUUAGCAUUUGAGCGUAAAUUAGAUGCAACGAUAAUGCGUAAACGUUUGGACAUUCAAGAGGCGUUGAAACGUCCAAUGAAACAAAAACGUAAAUUACGUAUUUUCAUCUCAAAUACAUUUUAUCCUAGUAAGGAUCCAAAUAGCGUAGAUUCGAAUAAUAUGUCUAAUAAUAAUUUAACAACACCAUCUUCAGCAAAUUCUGGUGCAAACUCGAACACUAAUACCGACUCAUCGAACACAACUACACCAAGUACCCAAAAUUCAUCAAUUGAAGGGAGCGUUGCAUCAUGGGAACUUCGUGUCGAAGGUCGACUUCUUGAAGAUAACAAUAAAAAUGAUCCGACUAAAAUUAAACGAAAAUUCUCGUCAUUCUUUAAAUCACUGGUAAUCGAACUGGAUAAAGAACUUUAUGGACCGGAUAAUCAUUUAGUUGAAUGGCAUCGUACAUUAACGACUCAAGAAACCGACGGUUUUCAAGUAAAAAGACCUGGUGAUAAAAAUGUACGAUGUACAAUUUUAUUACUAUUAGAUUAUCAACCAUUACAAUUUAAAUUAGAUCCCCGUCUUGCGCGAUUACUUGGAGUUCAUACUCAAACACGUCCUGUAAUUAUUUCCGCCCUCUGGCAGUAUAUCAAAACGCAUCGUCUUCAAGAUGUCCAUGAACGAGAGUAUAUUGUAUGUGAUAAAUAUUUAGAACAAAUUUUCAGUUGUCAACGGAUGAAGUUCGCUGAAAUUCCACAACGUUUAAAUCCAUUACUUCAUCCCCCAGAUCCAAUUGUGAUUAACCACGUUAUAUCCGUGGAAAAUAAUUCAAAUUCAGCGUUACCAACGGAAAGUAAACAAACAGCUUGUUAUGAUAUUGACGUAGAAGUUGAUGACACACUUAAAACCCAAAUGAAUAAUUUCUUGCUAUCGACUGCAUCUCAACAAGAGAUUCAAGGCUUGGAUUCGAAAAUCCAUGAAACAGUCGAUACAAUAAAUCAACUAAAAACAAAUCGAGAAUUCUUUUUAUCAUUUGCAAAAGAUCCCCAACAGUUUAUUAAUAAAUGGAUUAUAUCACAAACACGAGAUCUUAAAACCAUGACGGAUAUUGUGGGUAAUCCGGAAGAGGAACGUCGAUCUGAUUUCUAUUAUCAACCAUGGGCACAUGAAGCUGUUUCACGGUACUUCUACUCAAAGGUACAACAGAAACGUGCAGAAUUAGAACAAGCUUUGGGUAUACGAAAUGGUUAGAAUUAGUAGAGGACUGCUUUAAAAUUAUUUAUAUUUUUUAAUUAUUUUAAAAUAUGUCAUUUGUACUUUUUAAUUACU